AUGUACCUCAGCAUUCUCUCCCAAGAGACAUUGUCAUUCGAUCCUAUCAAGCCUAUUAUUCUCAGAGGAUCAAAUACUGAAGAUUCGUCAUCAAUCUUUUCCGGCAAUGUAGUAUUGACAUUAACCCGACCAGUAAAGAUUGCCUCCAUUUCAGUAACCUUAAAGUCCAUCUCGAGCACAUAUUGGCCCGAGGGGAUUGGCGCACGUGGAACUCGUUUGACAUCUGAGACAGCGCUUUUUGAGCAAAAGUUGCAAUUGGUGCCUUCAAAAAAUGAAACCCGGAAAGCCGUUCUCUUAAGUGAAGGCACACACCGAUUUUCAUUUGCCUUUGUAAUUCCGAACUCAUUUAUAGAAACUAUAGACGAUGUUUAUGGACGUGUACGCCAUGUGGUGGAGGCCCAGGUGUCUCGAACGGGUAUUCCUAUCUUGAAUAGUUGGAAGGCUCAACGACCAGUACUUGUGCUUCGAUGCUACAUGUCCAAUUCGCUUCUGGUCAAUAAUUCGAUCCAGGAUCUAUCUCGGACCUUUGAGAAGCACUUGGUUUCAGGUGAUAUUGAGGUGAUGAUUGAAGCUGCCGCCUUUUCAUCUGGCGAUCUCUUUUACAUCCGUGUCAUAAUUCAGCCUCAGCGCAAGCACACUCGCCUGGAGCAUAUGGAGGUCAAAGUGACUGAAUCUCGACGAUAUUGUGUGCCAGAGAUGAGAGCCUGGCGAACAAACCAAGACCAUAUGGAAAUGCCAUUUGCUGGUGCGACUAGGAUAUUUAGCAAUGGAGAAUCUGAAGGAGGAACUGGGGAUGAUAUGGACUCUUCAGAUGAAGUGCGUCAGGCGUUUGAAAAAGAUGGAAAUGGCAUUGACCUCAUCGACACUUUUGCCCACCGAAUUGCUUUUUCAACUCCUUCCUGCCAACAGAACCUUCAUCCGACAACCCAUUUCAAGGAAAUAUUGUUCCGACACCACCUGGAAAUUAAUAUCGUAGUUUCCUAUCCAGACGACGAUGGAAUGCCAGUUCUGAGUCGGGUGAAUAGUUCCAGCAGUAACAGAAGUAUUCAUUCACUCCACAGCUUUCACAGUAAUCCCGAACAGACCUCCUCGACCGACCACGCGUCUGGCCAACAGAACACUACUCAACAGGGGGUUAGCGGAGGCUGGCAAAACGUGUUUUUGAGGUUACGCAAAGCUCGCAAUGAAAAGGACGAUGUAGUAGAUGGACGUCGAAGGGAAACCAUUAUUCUCGAAACUCCCAUUACUGUAUUCGAUUGUCGUUUGAAAGAAGACUAUAGUCGGCUGCCAUCAUACUUUGAGCUGGGUGUAAAGCCACCGGAUAUCAACACCAUGCUCAAGUCCAAGAAUGGACUUGCUUCAAAUGAUAGUAGUAGUCAGUCAGUGCCACUCAAGGUGGACAGAACAAAGACUUACUACUGUCCAUGCUACUUUGACUUUUGCCGUCAAUUAGAAUUAGCAUCCCAGUGUCUACAUCUCCCAUAUGACCAGUCCCUGCCUAUCCUUGACAGAGUGCCUUCAAAACCACCACCAGAUUAUUUGGAUAUAUAA